AUGCCCAUCUUCCAUGAUGCGAGCCACCCUGACCCACCCCAGGUUCGCAACUGGCGUGUGCAUCUUCUUUCAAUUUCAGUCAGUAUGGGGGCAGCCGCAAUGGGUUACGACACGGGCGUGAUCGGGGGUACUCUGGCGCUCCCGUCCUUCCGACGUGACUUUGGUCUUGACCGGACCUCUCAACAUGAGCGCGAUACGCUCAGUGGCAAUAUUGUGUCGACUUUCCAAGCAGGGACGUUCUUCGGGUCUCUCUUGACCUUUCCGCUAGUAGAAAAAUAUGGUCGAGUCAAAGGAAUGCUUGCUGCUGGCGCUGUCUUCAUGGUCGGGCGAGGUAUAGCUGGACUUGGCAUUGGUUCUGCGUCACUCAUUAUUCCCGUCUAUAUUGCGGAGGUAUCACCACCUUCGAUCCGCGGCCGCUUGGUUGGAAUAUUCGAGAUUCUAUCUCAAGGAGGCAGCAUGGUUGGCUUUUGGAUCAAUUAUAUCAUGGAUCGCACCGUCAGUAGUGAUACCAAGACGCAAUGGGUCAUUCCGCUCGCGAUUCAGAUGUUGCCUGGGUUGUUUUUGCUUCUCGGCGCAGCUCUCGCACCGGAAAGCCCCAGGUGGUUAGCCAAAAAAGAUAACUGGGAUAAGGCUAGAAAAAACCUGCAAUAUUUACGGCAACUUCCGCUAGAUUCUAACUACGUUGAGGAGGAAUUGCAAGGUAUUCGUGAACAAAUUGAGAACGAGCGUCUAUUGGUUGGCGAGGCGGGAAGUUCCUGGUGGAGUAGCUUCAAAGAGCUUUUUCAUAAGGGUACAAGGAAUCGUGUAGCAAUCGGGCUUACCCUAAUGAUGUGCCAGAAUAUGACUGGAGUUAAUAUAAUCACAUACUAUUCGCCACGUAUUUUCGAGACGCUAGGUUUAACCGGUACUUCCACGAAACUAUUCGCUACUGGAUUUUAUGGAGUCGCCAAGACACUGGGUAUGAUCAUAUUCUCUGUAUGGUUAGUAGAGAGAAUUGGCCGUCGUAAGGGCUUAAUUUUUGGCGGACUUAUUGGCUCUCUUCCGAUGUGGUACAUUGGGGGAUACGUAUUCGUCGUAGACCCUGCCACAAAAGCGGCUGCUGGUCAAUUUACUCGCAAUGGGUGGGGAUAUCUCGCCAUGUUAUGUGUAUCUGUAUGGCCUUAUUUACUGCAUGACUUGGCAAGUCAAGGAAUCACCUGGGUAUAUUGUUCUGAGAUCUUCCCUAUUCGAAUUCGGAUGCUUUGUGUCGCACUAACAACCGCGGACCAAUGGCUCUGGUCGUUUAUCGUAUCACGUACUACCCCUUACAUGAUCACGAGUCUCGGAUACGGUACAUACUUCUUCUUUGCCUCGUUGAUGAUUGUCUUUGGUAUAUGGGCAUACUUCUUUGUACCCGAGACGAAGGGUAAAACACUUGAAGACAUGGACCGUAUCUUUGGGGUAUCAGAGGCUCAAAAGAUCGAUCGGGAGUCACCUAUCGGAGAUGUACACCAAGUCAGCACGUAUGAUGAAGACGUUAAACCAGAAAUCCAGCAGGAAGAAUUUAGUAACAAGCUGGGCGAUAUUCUACAUCAUAGCACCGGCAAAAACGCAGCAUAA